AAAAAAGCAGAGAAACAGAAAAACAAAGUCAGUUAAUUAGUUGCUGCGCUUCAGUUGAAGGUCUAUCAGUCGGCAACAUGGCUCUGACGGUAGCCGUGAUUGGCGCUGGGCCCUCGGGUCUGACCAGCGUCAAGUCCUGCUUGGAUGAAGGUCUGAAGCCCACCUGCUUUGAGAGUGGCCCUGACAUCGGUGGUCUGUGGAGAUUCAAGGAGGAACCAGAGCCGGGUCGAGCCAACAUUUAUCAGUCGGUGAUCAUCAACAGCUCCAAAGAGAUGAUGACCUUCAGCGACUUCCCGCCGCCGGCCCACCUCCCCAACAAUAUGCACCACUCCGAGGUGCUGCUCUACCUGCGCCUCUACGCCCAGUCCUUCAAUUUGAUGCAGCACAUCCGCUUCAAGACUGCUGUGGUGGAUGUGAGGCGGACUCCAGACUUUGCAGCCACUGGUCGUUGGGAAGUGGAGACCAAGCGGUGCGACGGCCAGCGGGAGAGUCACAUUUUUGACGCCGUGAUGGUCUGCACGGGACACUACACCACGCCGCACCUGCCCCUCACUGACUUCCCGGGUAUAGAGUACUUUGAAGGCAAAUAUUUCCACAGCUAGGAAUACCGCAGCCCUGAGGGUCUGCAAGGGAAACGGGUGAUGGUGGUCGGCAUGGGGAACUCGGGCGGCGACAUCGCCGUGGAUAUCAGUCGAGUUGCCGAGAAGGUGUACCUCAGCACCAGGAGCGGAGCGUGGGUGGUGGGUCGCGUGGGUCCCGGUGGCCUCCCAAGGGACCUCAUUGGGAACUCCCGGAUAGACGGGUUGAAGAGGAAGCUGUUUCUUUCAUGGGUCAACCAGAUGACAGAAAAGAAGCUCAAUCGGUAUUUUGAUCACCGACUGUAUGGAAUCAAACCAAAACACAGGUAAGGCGAUUGAAUGUAGAAA